CACGGGGAGACACAGGGGUCUCCAUAGAGACAGCGAGACACACAGGGAGACACGGGGGUCUCCAUAGAGACAGCGAGACACACGGGGAGACAGGGUCUCCAUAGAAACAGGGAGACAUACGGGGAGACGGUCGCCAUAGAAACGUAGACACGGGGAGACAGGGUCUCUAAAGAAACAGCGAUACACACGAGGAGACGGUUUCCAUAGAAACGGAGACACGGGGAGACAGGAUCUCCAUAGAAACAGCGAGCCACACGGGGAGACAGGGCCUCCAUAGACAGAGGGAGACGGGGACACAGAGUGACGCAGGGAGACAUAGGGGGCUAACGUGUGGCUAAGAAAUCUCCGUAGAGACAGGGAGACAUUUGAAGACACGCACACAGACCCGGUUGCUGGCAGGCGGAGACACCAGGGCUCGGGAGACAUUCACGUGGAGACACCAGCACCCCCGGAGACAUUCACGUGGAGACACCAGGACCCCCGGAGACAGACACGUGGAGACACCAGGACCCCCGGAGACAGACACGUGGAGACACCAGGACCCCCGGAGACAGACACGUGGAGACACCAGGACCCCCGGAGACAGACACGUGCAGAGUGCUGGCCAUCUCUUUCACACCGGGGUGGGUGCGGCUGUCACCGGCCUGGAACUCAAAAAACCUCGGUGCCGCCUGAAGCGUCCGUCACCACACAAGGGUGCGGCGGUAGCGGCGGCAGUAACGGCGGUGGCGGUGACGGCGGUUCGGUGAUCGGCGGCUCUCAACGACAGAUCGAGAGCGACCCGCCCGGUGGCCACGCACGCCGGGCAGCCUCCCUGCGCUGCCCUCUGACCCGGCUCUCCCUUUAAUCUGUGUGGGCGGCUUGAGGCAGCGCCUGCCGCCAGCGUCUCCCCUGCCGCGUUCAGCCUCCGCAACACAGCCCGCCCGCCCCCCCCCCUGCCCCCCCCCCUGCCUGCGUGCCCCCCAGCCCGGCACGACGAUGAGUGAAUUCUGGCUCUGCUUCAACUGCUGCGUGGCGGAGCAGCCGCAGCCGAAGCGGCGGCGGCGAAUCGAUCGCUCCAUGAUCGGCGAGCCGACCAACUUCGUGCACACGGCGCACGUGGGCUCGGGGGACAUGUACAAUGGGGGCAGCAACUCGGGCGGGAUGAUCCAGCAGCAGAUGCAGUCCAAGGGCGGCUACGGGAACGGGCGGCCGGCGAGUGACCCCCCCUCGGGGCCCCCGCUCGUGGACACCAAGGCGGGGUAGCGGCCGCCACCGCCCCCCCCCCCCCCCCCACUGGACCCAGCGGCAGCCCCCCCCCGCCCGCCCGCUGGGUCUCCGCGAGCCGCGUCCCCCCGCGGGGUUCCCCGCUUUCCUCGUGUCCUCGUGUCCACGUGUCCACGUGUCCGCGUGUCCGUGCACGCGCCCUUCGCUGCGCUUCGCCGACUCGGGCCCCUCCGAACUCGCCGGCAAUGGACAACGGACGAGAUCGCACUCGGAGGAAUCGUCAGCAGUGGCGGCGCGGAGUGAGCGCCGGCGCACUCGGUCGCUCGUCGCUGGCGCCGCUCUCCCCUUCGCUCUCUCGGGACGGAGAGAGGCAGAGGAUGGAGAGAGGGAGCGGACGAAGACGAGAGUGAGCGCCCGCCCGGCGGUUACGAUCGGCAACGCACGACGGACGAGCCAGCGCCACCCCCCACCGCCACUGACACGGCACCACGAAUCCUGCGGGCGGCACGGGGCGAGCGGCGCAGGCCGGGCGGCUCGCCACACAGCGCCGAUGCCACCGAAUUGGAGCCGGCACCGUUCUGCCGGAGGCGACCGGCAGAACGGUGCCGGGGGAAAGCACAACGACGAGCGGGCGCGUCGCUCAUUCAACCGACGGCGCACGAACCAAGAACAAAAGUCCGAACCAAGAACAAAAGCUUAUUUUUCUUACUUUGUAAAUUAAAGUUAUUGCUUUGAGGUUGUUCCGCGGAGGGAGGGAGGGAGGGAGUGAGAGACCGUGGAGUCGAAGCCAGGAUUUUGGGGGCCUUGGCUGUGAGACGCACACGUGGGGCAGCUGCUCUCUACGGAUUUACUCGCCCGCCCGCCCGCUCGCGAUGAUCAACUCGGCGCGCGCUGCCAUCGCACCGCGUUUUUUGUCCGCGUCGCCUCCUGCCGCGUGCGCGCCACCACGAGGGUGGCCCCCACGAGCCGGCCGGCAUCGAUCAAAACAAAAUCUCGGCGAUGACGGCGACGAAACGCAAACACAGUGGGGACGGACAAGCCGCGGGCGCGCGGUGAUGCGCCGCGCGCUCCCCCCGGCCGUUCGAGGACUGGCGGACCAACGAACAAACGAUAAAUCGACGGGGCGAUGGGAUGGACGGACGAUUGAGCUCGGCUCUGUGCCGCCCCUGGACGCCCGGUUGUGACGUCGCUGCCAGCCUUCGCCCGGAGAUUCGGACGCCGGAGACUGACGAGGUCGCGCUCUCGUCAGCGGGCGGUGGCCCUGUCCUGCUGUGCGCUUGUGGACGUGCGUGUCCAUCCAUUCAUCCGUGCGCGUGUCUAUAGACCAGGAGGUGUAGAACCUCAUACCUACUGAGGGCCGAAUAGGACAAAAUUACGUUUGGUGGGCCACACGUUUAACACUUUGGCCACCUCUAUCGCUGCGAGAGGCCCCUGCAGAGGCAGAAAUUUCAAGAAUCAAGUUUAUUUUGCUAAACCGGGUUGAGAACUCAAGGGACCAGGGUAGAAGUCUCACUUAGCAAGAGUGACUGAGCCGGGUCUCCAAAAUGACAAAAGCAAUAACAUUCAAAAACUAGGUAGAACAAUGAAGCAAAUUGGCAUCGGAGCAAAAACAACCAAAAUAUAAAUCGGAGCAAAAGCAACUGCGCUACAGACGAACUCAACAAACAGUUACAUGAACACGGUGAACAUUGCAUUAUAAAUACAUUUUCCAGUCACGAAAAUUGGCACGGCCCGAAUUACUUUCACAAACCGUCCAGAGUACAGUCGGGUUUCAUCCGCGACUCGGCACGUUGUCGCCACGUAACAAAAACAUCCUCCCUUUCGUACACCAUCAGCGUGGCUAAGACGCUCCUUGGCAGGGGUGGACUAACAUCGUUUGUGGGCCUCCCUAGCGACGAUGACGGUGGUGGUGGUGGUGGUGGGAGGCCUCGUGUGGCCGUGGGCUACCGCGUGAGAUGAAGCGGCGGGCCGCGUCUGGGCCACGUCUGGGCCGCGUCUGGGCCACGUCUGGGCCACGUCUGGGCCGCGUCUGGGCCACGUCUGGGCCACGUCUGGGCCACGUCUGGGCCGCGUCUGGGCCACGUCUGGGCCACGUCUGGGCCGCGUCUGGGCCACGUCUGGUCUGUUUCUGGGCCACGUCUGGGCCACGUCUGGGCCGCGUCUGGGCCACGUCUGGGCCACGUCUGGGCCACGUCUGGUCUGUUUCUGGGCCACGUCUGGGCCACGUCUGGGCCACGUCUGGGCCACGUCUGGGCCAUGUCUGGGCCGCGUCUGGGCCACGUCUGGGCCACGUCUGGGCCGCGUCUGGGCCGCGUCUGGGCCAUGUCUGGGCCACGUCUGGGCCGCAUCUGGUUCGUUUCUGGGCCGCGUCUGGGCCACGUCUGGGCCACGUCUGGGCCACGUCUGGGCCACGUCUGGGCCGCGUCUGGGCCACGUCUGGGUCGUUUCUGGGCCGCGCUGCGGUCGAAUUUAACCCCGAGGCGCGGUGGUCACUCGGCACUUGCUCCGUCUUGUUUUUGCAAACCGAUUUCUCCACCGAUGUUGGAACGUAUUCGUUCAUUAUACAGCUCAGUCACUGAAAAGUCACCAUCCCCUACUGCUCCCAAAGCGUAUUUGCGCCUGCCACAUACUCGCGUGUCCAUCUGCAUCACAGCACGUCACGGCGUACAGUGACAAAGACACGCGUACAUACACACACACACACCGCGACGCGUGUGUGUGUGUGUGUACGUCAUUGCCGCAGGCGGCCCCUCUUGGUGGCCCCCCUCGCUGCCCCCCCUCGCUGGGGACGAGUGGUGGACAGCGGUCGGUACAAAAUUUGGUGUGUGCCGAGACAGUGGUGUGAAUUCCACGGUGCCGUGGCAGGGACCGGUCUCCCCGUAGGACAACGGCCGUUGACGUCGCUCUUUAGUGGCGCAGCCGCUGGUCAGCGGUGCUCGUUUUACCAACCCUGGACGACGACGACGGUGAUGAUCAUGGUAAUUAUUUUAACCUCGGCUGGGAUUUUAACUCGUGACCUCAGAACUGGAGAGAGAGGCCCCUAGGGGCUCGACCGCGGUCAUUCCAGCCAUGGUCGAUCGACGCUCGGCGGUGCAGAGCAUCACCGCUCAUAUUCACCCAGAGGGCAAUCCUUGCCGUCCGUUCAGUGGGGUUUCUUCGUUGAGAUGCUUGGCCAUGAAUCCCAUUGGUGAUGAGCGCUUGGCAUCGUACGGGAGGAGACCCCGGAACGAACACGACGAGCGGGAGACGCUCGCCACUGCACGCCUCACAAGCCUCCUCGGUGCAGGUAGUCCACCCAUCCAAGUGACGAAACUAGGCUCUCAAAAAAAUCCUCCUUAGUUUACGAUAUAUAUUUUACUAGUUCGGGCGGACACAUUCCGGUUAUGGCCCAUAAAAGGCAAUUCAAGUCGACGCACUGUGUACACUUUAUCGGCAGCGGGCAAGUUGCGGUGCGUGCAUUUCGUCCAUGUCGCCCGCGCGUGCACCGCGUGCGUCGGGGUUGUGCGGUGCCCCAGCGUCGCCCGGGGAGUGCUCGCACCGCGCGACACACGUGGUGACUUCAGCGCACCCCGGUGGCCGUUGCGAGGGCUCGUUGAGCCACGCGAUGGUUCGGGGAACGACCAAUUCCCCCCCCACCCCCUACCCUCACCCCAUCUCCACCACCACCACCACCACCAUCCAGGUGAGUGGCUGGACGCCACGCAGGUGCGAUCACAACCCAGCGCCACUCACGCAUCUUAAUUCUCGUGGUCUGGGGAAACGUUGUCGUAAUGAUGACGAAUCAAGUAUUAUUAUUGUUGUUGUUGUUUGUUUAUUAUUGUUGCUGUCGUAAGAUUAUUUGAGUGAUGUAUGCGCUCUCAAAAUGAUUAUUUUGCACUGAUGUCGCAUGAAACUCCGUGUGCCUGUGCGUGAGUGCGCAUGUGUGCGCGUGUGUGUGUGGGGAGUGGUAGUGUCGCGGUUAGCGCUCCGCUGCGCUACGAACCUGGCUACCCGAGUUCGAUUUCCGCUCACGGGCAACACCGGUGACGAUUGUCUGGACCAGUCCCGGGCGUGCGAACAUCGCCGCUGCGGAGGCAAAGUCGGCCGUGCGCGGUGUUGGCCACCCACACCCUCGUGUGCCUUACCGGCCUUCAUAGGCGCUCGGUAACAGCACGUGCCCCAACAGUCCGUCGAGGCUACACGGGGGAUCUGUGCGCGUGUCGGGGUCCCCAUUCUCUCGCCCCGGAGCGCCAAGCGCAAUCCGAGCCGGGCCCUGGGACCCUCCCGCCGGGUGCCGCUCUGCCUCAAAUGCCGCCUCCCACCUCCACGGUGGGUGGCGCUGGCCACACCGCCCCCUCUUGGGAGCCAAACUCCUUAAUAGGUGCUCGCUAACAAAGCGCGUGGAAAGAAACAAUUCCAGGGGGCGUGGGAACGACCCGUCGGGACUUUGGCGCCCACGUUAAGUGUCGAUUCUCUUGAACGUGUUCCCCCCCAACCCACCCUCCCUCCCUCCCCCACCGCCAACGAAGCAAUUCCAUUUGUUAUUGUUUUUACCACGUUCACAGAUUUCUAUUUUACCGAUUUGUAUUUUUUUUAAAGCAACGGGAGAAAAAAUAAUUCGUCACGCGCGGAAAGUGGGGGGGGGGGGGGUGGGGGGGGGGCGCUUCGAUCGUCGGUCGACGAGACGCAACGAUUUGGGCAAAAGUGGCGGCGUCGCCGUGGACUGGCCGUGAACCGAACUUGGCACUGGACUCGAUACCGGCCUUGAGAGCCCGCCAGUACCGACCUCGGGACCGGACCCAAGGUACCAGAAUCUUUCACGGCAACCCCCCCCCCCCCCCCCCCCCCCCCCACUUUUUUAUUUAUACGGCGAGCAAAGAGCGAAAUGGACUCGAUGACGGCGACUCAUUUCAAAAACGUCCCCGCCGUCGUUUGCACCCUCGGACCGCGGCGUAGAAAUUGCACGGAAACGCUUGAAGGUGACUCCGGCCACGUGCGGGUGACGAGGGAUGAAUCUCGAUUUGAAGCUUUCGUGACUGCAGGAAUCCAUACUCUUUGGUUCUUUCGGAAAAGUCACGUAGGUAGAAACAUAAAAUAAAUCACGACAAGCUAAAAAAAUUUCUUGCUGUGGUUUUCCCACCUGAUGAUGAUUGCUUGUGUUGCAAUCGAAACGUCGUGAUUAAUUUUAUUUUAUACCUACGUUACUUUACCGAAAGAACCAAAGAGUAAGGACAACGGAUGAGUUGAGACGCCUGGCCCGGGUUACGGAGUGAAGGGAAAAGUCCUUGACUUGGCGAGGGGUCUAUGUCUGUCGUGGAGGUGUGAUGGUGAGAAGUCUUUUUUUUUUGUUUAAUGGAUACCAAAUUAAAUUAGAAUUCAUUAAACGCCAUCCCCCAGUGUCGGUGA